GAAAGGGUAUUCACCAGGAAUCUGCCGAUAUACCUAUCCCUUCCCCUUGUUCAAUAGGUAGAAGAGCUGUAACUCAGUCCUCCACUCCUCCAGCACAAUGUAUAUCCCACAGCUCCUCACAACGUCUCUGUUCCUCCUCCUCACACCUGUCUUUGCCAUGCCAAAAGCCAUUCUCCACCGCAGCGCCUCACCUUCUCUCUAUCCUAGGGACUUCACGCCGGGUCUGGCCGCACGCCAAAGCUGCGUCGACACAUGUGGCUCCGUAUGCUAUUGGCAGUCCGACAUCGACGCGGCCGUGCAGAAGGGGUAUUCGCUGUACCAAUCCGGCGACACUGUUGGCGACAAUGACUAUCCUCAUGAGUUUGACGAUAGAGAGGGGUUUGAUAUCACCGUCUCGGGUCCGUGGUAUGAGUUUCCCAUCCUGAGUAGCUACGAGGUGUAUGAUGGUGGCGCACCCGGUGCGGAUAGGGUUGUGUUCAAUGAUGAGGGGACACUGGCGCUUGUGGUCACGCAUACAGGCGCAAGCGGUGACAAUUUCGUCGAGUGUUCUGGGGAGCAGCCUUAG